AUGUCAACCUCCAAAGAAAGCCUGGCCUCUACCGGCUCUCAGUUGUAUCAGCAUGUGCUGCGGAGGAGAUACACCAACCCCGCAUUGCUGAAGCAAGCGCUGGACGAGCUUUGCGGCCAGGAAGAGUACACCCUGAUGGAGCUGCGUGGAAGGUGGAUUCUUAAGCUUCCCAAGCAAUUGACCGAGGCUGAGCUCGAAGGGCUGGAAGUCAAGGCUUUUCAUCAUUAUGGUAUUUGA